AAGAUGAGGACUACAGGUCUACUGUUGGCUGUCGGGUUAUGUGUGUUAAACAUCACAUCAUCCCUGAAAAUCUGCGCUUUUAAUGUUCAGAGUUUUGGAGAAUCAAAGGCACACAACAAGAAGGUUAUGGGGAUUUUAUUAAAGAUUCUGUCUCGGUGUGACUUGUGUCUCAUUCAGGAGGUCCGUGAUUCCAAAGGAGAGGCAAUCCAAGCUUUGGUGAAGGAUCUCAACAGAUAUGACAAAUCAAACUCAUAUUCCUAUGUUGCAAGUGAAAGGCUGGGCAGGAAGACCUACAAGGAGCAGUAUGUCUACAUUUAUAGGAACAAUGUGCUGAAGGUCAAAGAGCAUUACCAGUAUCCAAAAGUAGAAGUAGAAGGGGCCAAUGAGACUGAUGUUUUCUCCAGAGAGCCUUUCAUCAUUCGCUUUCACUCCCCCACCACAUUGGUGAAGGAUUUUGUCCUGAUCGGGCAGCACACUUGUCCCAAAAAUGCCAUGAAGGAGAUGGACCAGCUGUACACUGUCUUCAAAGGAGUUCACCAGAAGUGGAAGACCGAUAAUGUGAUGAUCUUAGGAGACCUGAAUGCAGACUGCAGCUAUGUCACCAUUAAGGGCUGGAGGGCCGUGCGCCUGAGGAGUGACCCCAGAUUUCGUUGGCUUAUUGGAGAUGAACAAGACACAACUGUGCGUGAGAAGACACACUGCGCGUAUGACAGGAUCAUUGUCCAUGGACGUGAGAUUAUGUCUUGUAUAGUUCCAGGUUCAGCUCAACCGUUCAACUUUAAAGAGAAUUUUCAUCUCACUGAGGAAGAGGCUCUCGAGGUGAGUGACCAUUAUCCUGUAGAAGUCGACCUGAAGCCAAACCAUCGUUACCUCCUCCGUAAUGAGCUGUAGACCCCUCAGGACCACCCUCAUCACACCAGGAUGUUUUUAUUUAACUGUAGUUUUACUUGAUUUAAGCUUUUAAAAUAAAUCAG